CGGGCAAAUCUUGAUAAGUGCUCUGGGCUUCGGCACCUAAAAAUAAAUCGUUUGCCAAUAAUUCGUGCCCCUGUCUCGAACGCAUCAUUCAAGUAAUCUCAUUUCAGCCUCCUUUCGUUCUCGCCAUACCAUGGCACUACGCAAUCCAUUCUCGAUUUUUCGGACGUUCAGGUCAUUUCAAUCCACACAGCAAUGCUUACGAGCUAUUCACACUGAACCUAAAUCCCCGCGCCAGAAGCCUCUUCCUCUACCGACACCGUUCGUUCCAAAUGUCGAAACCUUCCUCAAACUAAUCGGCCGCGAUAUGUCAAAACAUGCCAGCAAAUUCCCUUCCUGGGACAAAUUAUUCUCAAUGUCAUCUGAGGACCUUCGAGAUGCAGGAAUUGAAUCUGCAGAACAACGACGCUACCUGAUCCGGAAACGCUCAAAGUUCACAAAGGGCUGGUACGGACCUGGCGGAGACCUCGAGCACGUGGUGGACGGCGCUGCACAGUUACGGGUUAUGGAGGUCCCUAUGGCACCUACUAAAGAUACCCCCUCUGUGGAUCUUAUGAAUUAUUCGGCUACUCUGACUCCAGGAAUGAAGCGAGUAAUCGUGAAUCUGCCGCCGGAUGCCACCGAAUACAAACAUGACCCUUCGAAGGAGCUCAAGAGGUACAAGGGCAUGAAAAUCCACAAUGGAGUUUAUAUCAGGGGUCCUUACCUACAGCCAAUAGCGGGUACCAAUGGCAGCGCAGCUAUAAUCAGAGUUCAAGAAGGGAUGUGGGAAGAUAAAAAGGGACAUAAGGUUGAUGGUGGUGAGAGAAGACGGGCUGAAAUCAGGGCUAAGAAGAGAGCUGAAGAAAGGAAAGGACGUGCAUGAAAUAUCCGGCUAUGUAUCUCCUAUAGUCUCUUUGUAUUAUAGCUUGUUUACUGUACCAUCACUCUGAACCAACCCAAGAGAAAUCA